UGUCGCGAAGUUGCUCAUAAAGUUCCAGGAAUUUCCGUUUCCGGUGAAAUUGAAAGUUGGCAAAAUAUCCAAAAAAUAACUUUUAUCCAAAUUUCACAAACAUUAGAAGCUGUGGUUACAUGUUCUUUGCAAUUAUUUUGAAGUUGCUGAAACAGAAGUACUUUUAUGUUUUUUUCUAGUCGAAAAAAAUGUUGACGGUGGGACAAGUUAAUUUUUCUUGAAAUUGUUUUGAUAUUUGUAUCUUAUUUGCUGUCAUCUGACCAGAUAUCAGUGUACAAUUAUGUCUUGUCAUCUUUUACCAUGUAUUCGUCUGAAUGAUGUAUUUGGUGUACGGGACUAUUUAUUCCCGGAGCUGAAGGACGCUGCUGUAAAUUGUAAACAAGCUGAGGAGACGAGCAAAGAUGAGACACCAACAUCGGAUGGAUGGGAUGAGGAUUGGGGGGACUGGAAUGAUGACAAACAGGAGGAAUCAAGGGAAACAACGCCAGAAGAAGAGACAGAAGGGGAGGGAAACAAUGGAUGGAAGAAAUGGAUGCAAGAGUGUAUUAUCUCUGUGUCACCUGCAGCAGAUUUAAUUGCACUUGCAAAUGAAGACAGGCUUGUCCUAAUGACUCCCAAGUUUGAUGGUGACAGUGGACAGGAUGAUGAUACAUCAUAUUACAGCACUGUAUGGUCUGGUUCUGUUGCUCAAGAUGCUGGGGAAAAUAUAACAGCCUUGUUGAGUCUUCCACUUGCAUCCCAGAAGAGGAGUACCCAGGGUGCACCAGACUGGACAUGUGUUCUUGUAGGGUUCAAUACAGGAUUUGUACGCAUGUAUACUGAGACAGGGGCAUUAUUGUUGUCACAGAAGUUACAUACAGGGGGUGUUUUAAAGCUGAAAUGUAAUACAUACACACCUCGCAGAUACCUCGGCAUAGCAGAGCAGCACGAAGAGCUGCUGAUAUUGUAUACUAGAGCGCUGGUUACCAUUGAUGGUUUUAGUCUGUACCAGGCCCUGAAAGCAUGCAGGAACCAGGUGGCCAGAGCGACAGCGAGUGGUGAAGCCAGUUUGCAGCCUCCUCCACUUGCUUACAAGAAAUGGGCACCACAAGACAUGGACUCUAUUGUAGAUUGUCAUACAACUGGCGUUCAUAGCCCUAACCCUUUCGAUCAGAUGGUGCUAGCAUCAUUAACAUCCCAUACCAGUACUAUACGUCCUUCACCCCCAGCAGCAUCUGUGUACCUCAUGUCAGGCAUGGGACCCUAUUUAGGAUUCUUUUAUGCAAUAGAGGGCAGCACCCAGCCAAUUUUGUCUGAAGUAGCAUUUGCUGUUGCUAGUAAACUGAAAUCAGCUAUAAUGUCUGCAGCCAGUGGUUGGUUAAGUUUUGGUUCAAAGAAUAGGCCAGAGGUCAGUGCUGAGAAACCUACAAAGAUUGAACCUGCUACACCUCUAAAUCUGAGGUUUGGAUUACCAGAUAUGAGACGUGAGGGACUGUCUGUAAGUUUAUCACCAAACAACACAUAUGCAGCAACCACAGACAGCUUUGGUCGAAUUAUGUUGAUAGAUACUGACAGAGGGAUAGCCCUUAGGAUGUGGAAAGGAUACAGAGAUGCCCAGAUUGGCUGGGUGGAGGUUAGAGAGGAUGAGGGUACAGGUCAUAACAAGCAGGGCAGAUCAGCUCAGUUUCUCGUUAUAUAUGCAGCCAGAAGAGGCAUUCUAGAGGUGUGGGUAGCAGGAAAUGGGCCAAGAAUUGCAGCGUUCAAUGUGAGUAAACAUUGUAAGUUGGUACAUCUGACAUAUGGAAUACUGGGUCUAAACAAUGUGACCUGCCGUGGGGUGAGGAUAAAAGCCUUCCAGGUGGGGCUGAUGGAUGCUGAAGGAGUACUGAAAGCUGUACAAGUACCAUUCCAUCUUGCACUCAGUGAUAAGAAUAACAAGAGAGUAAGAGACAUGCAUUUACUGAAGAAACUAAAACAGGUGCUAAAGGAAAAUACAGAGGAAUCAGAAUCGUUAGAUACUCAAGUCAGAGAUCUACUCCUUAAUAUCAAGAUAUCAAGUAUUGCUCAACAAGGUGUAGACAGAGUGUUAUCAACAAGAUAUCUGAGUGCAAAGUUUAUGAUAGGAAUACUGAAGGCAUGUGUCCAGAGACUGCUUGUCAUGGGUGAAGAACACCUAGAUAUUGAGCGUCGUUUAUUUAUGCAGUACUGCCACCUACAGGAACAUCUGAUAGAGUCAUACAUAGAGAUAGAGCAGCUUCAGUGUAAUACCCCACCCAUUCAUUUAGAUUCUCAGUCUCUGUCCCUGUUACUCGGAUUGAGUGAAAGCGAGGUAGAGCACAUAGUCAGUGAGGUAGAGCACAGCCAGAGGAUUGUGCAUGCAGAUCAGCCACCAGGGAGGGUCAGGUUUGAAUGUGACACUGUAUCACAUGUAUCCGGAUUCCUCGGCUGCUUCACAUGCUCGCCACAUGUAGCAGAGACAGAGGGCACACAGCAAGGAGGCGGUACUAUAACUCUAGUCAGAGACUUGCCAGAAGAGAAAAAACUUCAGAUGGGUGCAUUUUUGUAUGAAUGUUGUUUCAAAUAUCAAAGUUCUCCUGGAGAUCUGGGUGCUGUGUUGAGAAAAAGCAACAUUCCUAUGGAGCAGUUAGCUCAACUUCUGGUAUGGACAUGGAUAAAUGAUUCUACCAGGUCAAUAGAUGGUAUUCCUGGUCUAUUCAACUUGCUGAAAAUCUUUACAGCCAGUAUUGAUCAAAGUAGGAUUGUUGUAGAAAAGACCUCAGAGUCACCCUGGUGGCAAAGUAUACGAGACCUCUGUACACACUCCUGUCACUGCCAGUCUGCAUUCCUUGCUGCAAUUGUCUCUCGAUCUGUUGCCAUGGAGAUGUCUGGCACAAUGCCAAAAAGAAGAGGAACACUUGACACCACUGCCAAAGACCCAGAUGCUGACACAAUAAGUGUAACGUCAGAGACACUGUCCCCUAUUGUGGACACAGAACCUGUGCCCCUAGAUAUAGAACUAUGGAGUACUGUUGUUAGACAGUUAGAGGAUUUGAUAUGUAUAGACUCCUUACUCCGACUGAAACCAACCAAACUUAGAAGGGUUCCAAGUUCAGAUGAACUAACUGUCAGCAUAUCUACACUCUUAGAAGGAGGAAAAGGAUGUAUAACAGAGGUUAUAGCUCGCCAUGUGUCUAGAGUAGGGUUCCAGCCUGAGGACUUGUAUCGACCACGUCAGGAUGAGACCUCUAUGUCAGAGGAAAUACAGGCAUCAUCAUCAUCAUCAUCUAGUCAAGAUAUAGUCUGGGACCAGGUGGACAUGUUGCGGAAGAGGUUUCCACACAGUAUGGAGAAUGAUGUGUUGUUUAGCAACAGUUGUUGGGAAUAUACAGUUAUAUGGAAUAAACUACCAGAGGAAGUAGACAAUUUAAAGUCAGCCCUAGAUUUCCUAAGACUGGUACAAAAUGCCAUGUUGAGACAAGGGGUCUGCAGUAUGAUGUGGCAUAUGUUUUUGUCUAAAAAGUUUCAUGCAGCAGCUCAUUUGAUGGAAAAGGUUGGAAAGUUUCCAAAAGACAGAUUAUGUAGAAAGGAUAUUGGUAUAGGAGAAACAAGACUCCCUCAGUUUGUAAGCUGUAUCUGUGAUUUUUUUAACAUCAUCAUGGAAGCAAACUGUGAGACUAACGAAGUACCAGUCUUCAAUAUUGAGCCACUCUGGAAUACAGUCAAAGGAACUGUAUCGUUGGUAGAACUAGCUAUAGAUCAGAAGGCUACAAAUUAUGGGCUGUUGAAACUUCACCAUCAACUAGCGGUUGUGAUCAAUGCUGUGAUAACAUUCAAUAUUAAACCAAUUAAAGUACUCUCCUUAUUUGAUUCUAAGGGGAAGCAUGGGUUGUUUCAAGACCUGCAUGCCCAUCCAUUGUUACCAACACAGAAUGUUGACACUUCAAUAGGCACUCAGAGAAGACAAUUCCUGACACGUAUUGUAAGUCUGUCAGUGAUGAAGAUGAGAGAUUUGGUUUCCAUGACAACUGAUGCAGAAUCAGCUUCUGCCACCAAUACAAGCAGAUUACGUACAACAGAGGCUGGACGAUGGCCAGAAACCGUUCUACAAUUAGCAGAGGAGUUUGGUGUUGACCUUGACCUCAUUAAGAGACAUCAUGUUUGUACACUAUACUCUGCUGGCUUUGAUAAACUUGCUGAAGAGGUAUUACUGACUGUGAAUGACAGGGACUCACUGGGACAAGAUCUCCUUACUAUAGUUGGUCAACGUGUAGCUCAGAAACUGAGCAAGUUAGAUGCUCAAAUGGUUGUGGAACUUAUGUCAAAUGUGAACCCAGCGCUAUCAACAUGGCUGAAAUCUAUGAACUCGGCGUUACUUGUCUAUCCAGAUGUACCAUGUAGUGAUAUACAGGCCCUGGUUACACAGACAUUAAAUCAAUUAUCAGAGAACCAUCCUCAACAAGAACUUGCAGCUUCUCUAGUUGAACUUGUACAGGUCUUGGGUUGAAGCCCUGUUCACAUUGUCAUUAGAUUAUUUGUCAGAAAACCACUUACAGCAUGAACUUGCUUUCUUUGGUAGACUGUGCAGAAGUGUUAGGUUGAAGCCCUGUUCACAUUGUCAUUACAUUAUCUGUCAGAAAACCACUUACAGCAUGAACUUGCUUUCUUUGGUAGACUGUGCACAAGUGUUAGGUUGAAGCCCUGUUCACACUGUUAUAGGACCCAUCUACAAAGUGAAUUUGCAGCUUCUGUAGUAGAAUUUUACAGGUUUUAGGUUGAAGCCGAAAAACAAGAAAACUAGUCCUGGUCACACUAUCAACGAUUAAGUAUCUGAAAACCAUCCUCAGCAUGAACUUGCAACAUCUGUGGUAGAACAAGUCGUAGGUUGAAGGUCCAUUUACAUUGUCAUUGGAUUGUUUGUCAGAAAACCAUUCUCAACAUGAACUUGUAGACUCUUUGAAGGAAUGUGUACAAGCCUAGGUUGAGGCUGUGUUCACAUUGCCAUGGAUCAGCUUCUAGGGAACCGUAUACAAAAUGGUCUUGCAGAUGUUAUAUGGUUGAUGUUGAAACUAUGUUCACACCUUGUCUACACUUAAUGUCUUGAAACCAUCCACAAUACUAUAUAGAGGAUACUUGUUUGUUUCAGUGUUUUAUUAAAAUAUCUUUCACAGGUGAACACCAGAUGCAGUAUGUUCACGAGUGAAAACGUGAGAUACGGUGUACAUGAGUGAAAGAUAUUUUGAUGUUUUUUGUAAAACAAACAAAUUUUCUUUUUAUUUCAUGUUUUGACUAAAUUUACCUAUUUUACAGUUUCUUACCAGUGGAAAAUAUAUUUGAUAAUACCAGAUAUAUUUCACUCUUAAAAUAUUUCGAUAAUUCACUGAAAAGAAUGUAAUAAACUUACAAUUUUCAAGGUUAGAAUACUGGUAAGAUUUUGACCCUGAUUACAUCUGGCUUUGUGUUGAGACUCCGAUUAUACCAAAGCUUAAAUGUUUGUAAAUUAUCAUCUCCAACUGAAGUUACGAUUGUACAAAAAAAAACUAGUUGCUUAAAGGGGACAUUGUUAUUUUAAUGUUAGUUCUAUCAGCUUGGUCUUCUUAUAUCAGAAGUUCACAACUGCUGAACAAAACUGGUCAGUGUUGGUUUUCUCAUGGCAUGGCUCAUAUGAUUAAUGUAUAUACCAGGAAAAUCAUCAGUUAUAUAUAAAACAUUUCAUUUUUGAGCUUUUUAAAUGCAGGAUAAUAUAAAGAUGGUUCUGCAUGUUUGAUAAACCAGAAGUAAUGGCGUAACAUCAUUUAUCGGGAUAAAGUAGAAUAAAGCCUGUACUCCGUAUACGGAAAUGAAUAUCAUUUUAUGAAUUGAUGGCAAUCCAUGACUAAAUUCAUUAGAACAGCAAAGUUACUACCUUUUCAAAGACAAAAUAUCACAUUAUAAUGUUCGACUCGUUGAAUAAAUCAAUAAUAAUGUUUUAAAAUUGGCGUGUAAUGUGUGGACCUCUUUAAUCAAGGGCAAAUAUCUAAAAACCAAGCACACAGACUUAUACAUUUAAUCUCUUCAUAUUGUGGACUGUAUGUUUAUUUACAACUUUGAAAUUUUUCAUUAAAAUCUACAUUUUAGAAAAAAAAUUUAAGUUCGAAAAUGUUAUCAAAAUUGUGAAAUUUCCAUAGACACCCUUAUGGAAACUUGUCGGAGGUCCAAAAUUUUCAACUCAUUGUAGCAACAAAUCAAGCACACAACCUUUUUUUUUUAUUUGCUGAAUUUUCUAAGACAUUUUUAGUAUAUUUUGAAAUUUUGAAAAAUGAAGGUUCAGUCAAAUUAUACAAUGUAGAAGAUAUUUUGAUCCGAAUGUGCAGAACCACUUUAAGCUCUCAACACAACGAACUAAUGUAAUACCAGUCAGUCAUUCAUUAUAAGACCAUAUGUAUACACAGAUCUUUACAAAUAUCUUAUGCAUGCUUCUUACAUACUUCUAGCUUGAUAGUGAUUUACAUACAUGGAGUUGGUGCUUAUAUCUUAAUAUAUUUGUAUAUCAUUCAAAGUUGUUGUUUUUGUGAGUUACAAAUCACAUAUAUAAUAUAUAUAAGGACUAUUAACUGCUGUUUUCUGUUGUAAAAUUAAUAGACUGUUCUUUUUGAAGUCACCUCCAGGCUUUUGGUUUGACCCAAUACUUAAGAGAACUGAAAGGUCAUAUUGUUUUGUUUCUACAGAAAUUUUUAAGUUUACAUAUUCAACAAAAUGUAUUUUGUUGUUGUGUUAACGUGGCUGAGGUAGUGCUGUUUAAUUUCUGACAAUUAAUUGAAAAGUCAUAGAUUCAUAAUUGGGGUCUGCAUUCUCUUUUUGUCUACCCCUGUUUCUUUUGUGAAAUUUUACAGUUGCAUGUAGGAGUUGAGAAAUCUGAGAGCAUAGAUAACCAAUUCUUAAGUGAAAUAUUUUUAAUUCUUGUUUUAAAACAAGAACCUGACUAUUCAUUUCGUGGUAUUUUAGCCUCUUUACAGCAUGGUGUAAAUUUGUGUUUACAACAUGUUGUAAAUUGUGACAACAGUUGUUUUUUUACCUUUACAGAAUGGUGUAACUCAUGAAGACAUGCAGCUGUUUUUAAAAAUACUUUUAGCUUUACACACAUAGAAAAAAGUGAAACCGUUUUAGACUUGCAUAGACAAGUGUAAAUCAUAUUUAGUAAACUGAAAUACAUUAAACCCUUACCCUGCUAAAUUUUAUAAUGAACUUGUCCAUCUUUCUAUUUGGACAGUACCAUUAACUAUCGAAAGGGGUGCUUACCAAAAAGAUACUGACUGAAUAGCGAACAGUGCAGACCAUGAUCAGACUGCACGGAUGUGCAGGCUGAUCUUGGUCUGCACUGGUCGCAAAGGCAGAAUCACUUGCCGCCAGCAGGCUAAGGAUUAAUAGUAUCUGUUAUUGCAGUAGAAUAAGAUAUUUCAUUAGAUAACUUGAUUUAAUAGUAGUUUUGUUUCAGACAGCUAGUGAAAACACCUAACUAUGUGUUAGAUACUGUUUCACACUAAUUAUGAAAUUAAGAUUUUAAAUUGUAAAAUGAGACUGAUUGAACACAGGACUGCACAAAACACGUAAAAACUAUUAAAUGAAUAUAUGGUCAAUCAAACUGGUCAUAUUUCCAAUAAAUGUGUUGGAAUUUUUGCGUUGUUUUAUUACGAUGAGGUCAUUUUCCUUUUGAAUUAUCCAUUUUGGGGCCGUAAUACCUUUAUGCUUUGCCAUUUACGUUUGCCACCAAACAUGCAUGUAUAAAAAGGUGUUUUAACAGUAUGCGAGCGUGAGAAUCCCUUUGUGCACAUACGUUUACUCUAUUGAAAUGCCAUUGAAAAGUGACAAGAACAGCAGGUUUAUGCUAGAAUAUAUUGUGAAAAAUAGGCAAAUUGUUCAUUGAAAUUUAAUACAUUCAGUUUUCCAAAAUAUAUUUACGUAUAGAACACUACCAAAUAUUGUAUUAAAGUAACAUGUCAUUUUAAAAGAAAUAUGCAUAUAUUUAGAUAUUGUUAGGUGUGUUUUUUUGUAAAAAAAAAAACAAUAUGUUGUUUACAUUUAAUUUAUAGGUGAUUUGUGUAUUGUUUUAUUUUGGACAAGGAGAUUAAAGACAUAGUUUUUUCAUGUGCAAUAAGUUGUUAGCUUUACUUGUCCGAAUUACUGUUCAUGUAAUAAUGUUUUGCAUAACUUUUUAUUGCCAUGGGUGUCAUUAUUUGAAAUGAAAAAUAAAGAAAAAUGAUACCACUGAA